AUGUCGAGUACGCACUUUCCGCUCUCGAAUCUAUACACGCACAUUUUCAGGUAUGGCUCAAUCGCUGCGUUCGCAAUUCGCCACCGACAAGUCGGUCCUUCAAAAGUUUUUGAAUUUGGACCAGAAGGGCAGAUAUCAGGCGCUCUACAUCUGGAUCGACGGAUCCGGCGAGAACCUUCGCGCCAAGACCAGAACCUUUGACUUUGAGCCGACCGAUCCGGAGAGUGAGUCGGCUGUCGCAGCCCGUCAAUCCCGUAAUCAAUCGCAUCGCACAUUUCAGAGCUCCCAAUCUGGAACUUUGACGGAUCGUCGACCGGCCAGGCCGAGGGCGCCGACUCGGAUGUGUACCUGAAGCCGGUCGCCAUCUAUCCGGACCCGUUCAGGCAGGGCAAGAACAAGUUGGUGAUGUGCGAGACGUACGAUAACAAGAAGAAACCGACCGGUAAGAGUUGAUGAUGAUCGUUUGAUGUGGGAAGGAAUGAAGACACGUGAAUGAGAGAGGAUAUUGGUGGCGAGUCAGGUGUCCUCCAGAUUUUUAUUUGUUAUUUGUUUACACUGAAACAGUAGGCUAGUUGCACGAUACUGGUCUUGUGUUUUGGGUAACUAAUGAUUUCGGCGGAUGCAGUGUAAACUAGACACUUCGGCAUCAGAAUUUCGUGCGCUUUCUGCUCGCCACCCGCGUACUCUGACUCCUAGUGCUCCGACUAAUCGGACCACCGUUUGCUCUUCUCUUCCCUCCCUCCCCCGUACACUGACUCGCAAUAGGGGGCUGAUGAUAAAAUGGCUAUAAUCGGUUGGGUCAACAUUGGGGGUUGAGAGAAGAUAAUGAAAUGGAAUGAACUUGCGCUCAUUUGCAGCCACCAACAACCGUCAACGAUGCAUCCAGGUGAUGGAGAAGGCCGCCGACCAGCAUCCGUGGUUCGGAAUGGAGCAGGAGUACACGCUCCUCGACAUUGACGGACAUCCGUUCGGAUGGCCGAAGAACGGAUUCCCAGGACCGCAGGGACCGUACUACUGCGGCGUCGGCGCCAACAAGGUCUACGGCCGCGACAUUGUCGAGGCGCACUACCGCGCGUGUCUCUACGCCGGCAUCAACAUCUCCGGCACGAACGCCGAGGUGAUGCCCGGUCAGUGGGAGUUCCAGGUGGGACCGUGCGAGGGAAUCGAGAUGGGAGACCAGCUCUGGGUCGCCCGUUAUCUGCUUCAACGCGUCGCCGAAGAGUUCGGAGUGAUCGCCUCGUUCGAUUGCAAACCGAUCAAGGGAGACUGGAACGGCGCCGGAUGCCACACCAACUUCUCCACCGAGAAGAUGAGAAACCCGGGAGGCAUCAAGUGAGUUGGCUCGCCGAUAUAAAGGGCUUGGUUCAUUUUUACGGUUUUCGUGGUAAACUUGUAGUAUUUUGGGACUUUCUUUGUGCCACACCGUGAAUUUGCAGCGAGAUCACGUCGGCCAUCAACAAGCUCUCGCUGGUGCACCCGCAACACAUCGCCUAUUACGAUCCGCACGGAGGAAAGGACAACGAACGUCGUCUGACGGGACUCCACGAGACCGCCUCGAUCAAUCAGUUCUCGUACGGAGUGGCGUCGCGCGCCUCGUCGAUCCGCAUCCCGCGCUCCACCGACGACGACGGCUACGGCUACUUCGAGGACCGUCGUCCGUCGUCCAACUGCGAUCCGUACACCGUCACUGGCGCCAUCGUGAGAACCGUGUGUUUGGAGGGCGCCGAGCGCAAGCUCUCGAUGAUGUACGUGCCGAGCCAGGCGCCAAACAUUAAGCAUUAG